AUGGAAGCAAUCAGGAAGCUAAGAGAUCAGGUUGCUAAACAGCAGCAGGCUGUCUUCAAACAAUUUUCUGGUGGCAUUCAUGGGGGUUCGGAUAAUAUUGUGCCAGAUGAAACAGAACUCCAACAGCAUCAAAAACUUGAGAGACUCUACAUAUCAACUCGUGCUGCCAAGCAUUAUCAAAAGGAGAUUGUCCGUGGCGUGGAAGGUUAUAUUGUAACUGGUUCAAAGCAAGUUGAAAUAGGUACCAAGUUAUCAGAAGAUAGCAGGAAAUAUGGUGCUGAAAAAACUUGCACCAGUGGCAACACAUUAUCGAGAGCUGCACUGAGUUUUGGAAGAGCUCGUGCCCAAAUUGAAAAAGAGUGUGGAAUUCUACUGAAAGCCCUUGGCACACAGGUUGCAGAGCCUUUAAGAGCAAUGGUAGUAGGAGCGCCCUUGGAAGAUGCUCGACAUCUUGCUCAACGAUAUGCUAGAAUGCGGCAAGAAGCUGAAGCUCAGGCUGUAGAUGUUUCCAGACGCCAAGCCAAAGUACGCGAAUCUGCUGGUAGUGCCGAUAUUAUCAUGAAACUAGAAGCUGCUGAAGCCAAGCUUGAGGAACUAAAGUCUAACGUUGCAAUAUUGGGAAAAGAAGCUGGUGCUGCAAUGGCUGCUGUUGAAGGUCAACAACAGAGAUUGACUCUUCAGCGGCUUCUUGCAAUGGUAGAAGCAGAGCGCAACUAUCAUCAAAACGUUCUUCAGAUACUUGAUCAACUUGAAGGCGAGAUGUUGUCAGAACACCAGCGAAUUGAAGCAUCACCUAAUCCAGCUACAGAGAACACUAUGCCUCCCCCACCAUCAUAUGAAGAUCUCAGCAAUAACUUUUCUUCUGAAACCUAUGAUGAAUUGACAGACAUCAGGGACUAUUUCUUAGGAGAGGUUAUGUACACGUUUCAAGCUGUGACUGAUGUGGAGUUAAGUUUGUCCUUCGGGGAUUAUGUUGUCGUCCGGAAGGUGGCAAACAACGGUUGGGCUGAAGGUGAAUGUAAGGGAAAAGCAGGUUGGUUCCCGUUUGACUAUGUAGAAAGGCGGGAGCGUGCUCUUGCUAGCAAGGUGGCUGCAGUCUUUUAA